CCUGUUAUACUCAAUGUUGGCCCUGAUACGUAAGAACAAUACUUGCGUGUGCCUCUAUUUAGUUUACCAUCUACUUCCACUAUCUUUUAGCUAUAAAAUAUUUGCCUGUACAUGCGGCAGCGAUUAUCAUUUUACUGCCACAAUCAAAAUAGCCGACCAGUAUUACAAGUACAAUGACUUACACCCAAAAGGAAUAUAUAUUUAUGAUGGUGCUGAUAGUGUCGAAACAGCCAUCUAUUAUUUGUUAUUAUGA